AUGGAAAUCAAGACGAAUUCGAUGAUUAAUAAAGAAGCUAAUGAUGAAUAUUUCAUUCCAAUUCAACCUGAUCAUGCCGUAGCAUUAACUAUGAACUUCCCCCAAUUCUCUGAACCUAUCCAAUCAAAAGCUUCCGCGAUUCAAACAGAUUUUGAUUACAAUUGCCCAGAUUGUCUUGCCGAUCUAUUUGGACCGCUAAUGGCUCCAUAUGCAAUAUUGCAAAAACAGAGCGACGCUUAUCGUCUGCGUCUUGAAUAUAUUGCCUAUCAACGUUAUAUGACAAUGAAAUCAUAUUUAUUUGAUUCAUUCGAAAAAGAUUUGAAGACAAAAUGGAAAAGUACAUUUAAACAUCCGUUUAAAUACGAUAUUAAAGGCUUUUUACCACGAAAAGCUGCAAUCGGAAGAUAUAUGUCAAUGAUUUUAAGUGGAUGGGUCUUCAUCAUUGGUAUUGGUAUUUUAAUUUUUGCAAUAUAUUUAAUAUUCAUUCCUGAUCAUCAGCAACCUAUGGCAACAUUGAUCCGUACGCUCAGUAAAUUCUAUAGAACAUUCUUCUUUCAAUGGAUUAUUGGCUAUUUAAUAUUCUACAGUAUUCUGUUAAUCGUUUCAACAUUAUGCAUAUUAUUGGGUGCAUUUGUUUGUUCAUUUCUAUUGACUUUAUCUGGCAUAUUGAUUGUUCUGAUGGCGUCUGCUUUAACUAUUAUUUUACCAAUAAUCUUCAUCUUUUCUAAAUCAGUAUUUAUUACUAAACUAGAAAGAUAUAUGCGAGUAUCUAUUCGCGACUAUGACGAUAUACCAGAAAAUCCAAUAACAAAGUUCUGGACUGAGUUGCAAUUAAAAUAUUCAUGCUGUGGAUUGGAUAGUCCGAUUUCAGAUUAUCGAGAAAGUUAUUUUCAUACGUUAACCGGCGAAGAUGUACCUGCAUCGUGCUGUACGAGUGGAACUUCAUGCACGUCUAGCCCGACUAUAACAAAUUCAUUUAUCGAUCAAUCGUGUUUACCACAAGCAAAAUCUUUCGUAGAUUUAGCCAUCCAAGUAGCUUCUAUAGGACAUAUUGUACUGGGAACUCUUCUUUUAUUUAUUUUAAUUAGUGUUGGUGUAUUUUUCUUAUAUAUGAAAUCAGCUAAGAAAGCAUUGGAUCGAUACAAUCAAUUUAUUAUUAAAUCGAUGGUGUCAACACUUGAACAAUACGAAAAAGAAAUCGGUGUUUUCAACACCUCGAUACCGAACGAAAUUAAUUUUCAUAAUAAACAACAAACACGAGGUAUUCUACCAAUAACGCCAACUGUCAUACGUGUUAAAAACCCUCGAAUAAUGAACUAUCUUGGGUUUGAUUAA